GGAGUUGUUCUCGGUGGGAGGGUGGAGUUGGGUGGGGGUCCGUUGCUGAUGCUGGGCAGAUUGCGUUUAUCUCCGCAUCUCUGCUCCGCUACCCUUAAUGCUGCCACUGGAUGGCUGCGCGUCGCGGUUCGACGGGAGAUAUCAUAUAUUGAGUGCUUCAUUUGAUUUCAGAAAAGAAGAAAGCAAACAAACAUGACAGACAGUACCACUUCUGAUCCGUGCCCUGUUCCCAAUCCGACUAUUGUGGACCCGUCGGCUGUACGAAACGGACAAUGCGCCGUUGCCCAGGAUCCGAACCUACCCAAAAGAGGGAGCCAGGACGAUCCUUUCGAUGUGGACCGGGACCAGGAGAUGAAAAUCACAGAUAGCGUUGAGGGCCAAGGCCUCUUGGAGAGCAGCAUGCGCCUGAAGCCUCAUGAAGCUCAGAGUUACAGGAAGAAAGCUUUGUGGGUGUCAUGGAUCUCCAUUGUGGUGACGCUCAUCCUGGCUGUGGCAGGCUUCACUGUAUCCUUCAUGAGACACAGUGCAUCAGCUUUUGGAUUUGCCUUUGACGCGACGUUAGAUGUUCUUUCCUCCAUUAUAGUGCUGUGGCGCUAUAGCAACGCGGCAGCGGUGCACUCUGCCCAUAGAGAAUACAUAGCAUGUGUGAUCCUGGGAGUGAUUUUCAUCUUGUCGUCUAUGUGUAUCUUGGGGAAGGCCAUCCAUGAUCUGGCCACCAAACUUCUUCCUGAAGUGGACGACUUCCUGUUCAGCGUUUCUAUCGUCAGUGGCAUCAUGUGUACCAUUCUUGCUGUUGCCAAGUUCAUGCUGGGAAGGAUUUUGACCAGCAGGGCCCUAAUCACUGAUGGCUUUAAUUCUAUGGUUGGAGGCGUCAUGGGGUUUUCCAUCCUCAUCAGUGCUGAGGUGUUUAGAAAUCAUCCCACCAUCUGGUACCUGGACGGAACCACUGGGGUCCUGAUUGGACUCAUCAUUCUAGCUUAUGGGGUCAAGCUGUUGAUCGACAUGGUACCACGAGUAAGACAAACUCGAAACUAUGAGCGCUUUGAAUAAUGCUGGUUUAGAAGAACAAAAAAGGCAUCAUAUGGAUCCAGUUAUCCCUCUUAGCUCCUGCUGCUCUCUCGACUCAAAUGAUACCCAAAUACAUCCAGGAAUGAUGUCUGCUGGCAGCCAGUUCAGCAUCAUGUAUUGUAGAAUCCCCACUCCGACCAGAUCCUGAUGUCCUCUUUCACUCAGCACAACAUUUAACAGAAGGAAGGAGGAAGAAGAAUGAGCUGGUCAGUGGAUCGGUGUCAUUCCUGGCACUCAAGAUAUCAUCUUGGAUGGAGUCACUGGUUUUAAGCAGAGAUCAGCAUUUACUGGUCACAUCCAUGAAAUUCUACAAUGCCACAUUUUAUGUUUUUUUUUUUUCGUUCUUUCUCUUAAAUUAUGGAGGAAAACAUGAAUUUAUACUAUAUUAUUAUACUCUGUUUAAUGAAAAAUCACGUGAAUGUGUAUUUGAAACCACAUGCCUAUAAUUCGUUUAGGUCAGUUUUAGAGAUCAUCCUUCUGUUACAUCAUGUCAUCCCACCUGUUGUCCUCCAAAAUGAUUUAAUUAUACUGUAUGUUUAUAUUUUAGUGUAUAGUAGAGCUAGAGACCAGCAGUGUAGAGGUAACACUCGUUUCAGUAAAGAAAGCACACAGAAAUGUACUGUAUUAGGCACAAUUACACUAAAGGUUAAAGACCACAGUUCAGGGUCAGUAAGAUAAUUAUGAAACAUCCAUAUUGAAAAAUAGCUUCAGAAUUGACAGAAAUGGCCCAUAAUCCAUUAGUAAUCUUUUCAUACACAUUGAGAUCUUAUGAAUCAAUAGUCAAAAUGACUAAUCAGCACAAACCCCCUCAAAAUUAUAGAUGUAAGGGUUCUUGAAAGGUUAUAGCUUCCUGAUGUUGAACCAUUUCUAGCACCACAACCAGGAAAAAGACACAAACUGAAUUACAGAAAAAUUCCUGAGUCCUUUACUACUUGUCUUUUUUGCUUGAUCUGCAUACUUUGCAAUUCAAUGCAAAAUAUCUCAAUUAAUGUUUUUGCAGCACUGUUGUAUUUAUUUUAAGCAAUCAAAUAAUCUGACCUUUGCCGUGCGAUGAUCCACUGUGUUUUGC